CCUCGGAAUGGGGGAGGGGUCUUGGAACCCCGGGGCGGGGGCGGGCGCGGGGCCCUCACCUACCUGCGGUGGCGCUGGGCCACUCCCGGCCGCCCGCGAGGGUUCCGCGCGGCAGCUCGGCGCGCGCGCUCCAGCGGGGAGCAGGCGACAACUAAUGGAGACAUUUCCAGGCGGAGCACCUGGCGAGCGGAGCGCGCCGGCGUCCCCAGGCGCCGCGGUCGUCAGCCGAGCCCGCACCGGCGUGACGUGGGCGAGCGAGCGCGCUGCUCCCACCCGGCCUCCCAUUAACGCUUUCUCCCGCGGGCGCCGCGCUCCUGCCAACUUUCCCUGCGCACGGGAUGCAGGCGCUGGGGACAGCAGGCGGUGGCAGGGCCAAAGCCUAGCUGCGGGCACCAGGGCCCGGGCAAGUCGGGAGCUGCUGCUUGCAGAGGUCAAGUCAGGCCCGGAAGGGAGGCUGGAGCAGCAGGUGACCAUCUGCUCAGAUCACAGCCGGAAGGGACUUGAGGAUGGCAGGGCCCAGGGCUCCUGGGGUGUGGAGGAGCUAAGGCGUGAGAGGCCACUUGCCAGCUAUUGGCCGGGCUGCGGCUGCAGGAACUUCCUGGUUGCCAUGCUGCAAGACAGCCUCACUCCUACCUGGAGGGUGUCCUUCCGGGCCGGGCUAUGGGGCAUUUGGGCCUUGUUCAUCGUCUUUUCCUCCACCCCCGUGGCUUCCACGCGGAAAGAAGAGGGCCCAGAGUGUCCAACCCACGUGCUGCAUCCGGAACCCCAGGGGUUCCCCUGGGAAGGACGGGCUUUGGUCUCUGGUCUGCUCUGGCGGGAGGAAGGUGGAGUGGACCACGAGGCGUGGCGCAGACCGUGCGUGCGCUGCGGCCUCUUCAACAGCAGCAGCAGUGAGGCCCUGAGGCCCACAGAUGCGGAGCCCAGGGGCACUGCUGGCCAGAAAGGCUCCACUUCUAGGAUCUUCAUAGCUCCGACAAAGUCAGGGAGCCAGGAGGGGAAGGAGGCCCUUCUCCAGGCCGAGGAGGAGGCCUGCGAAACCAGCCUGAAGGAAGGAUGGUCGCUGAGGCAGCCCUGGGGUGAAGAAACUAUAUCCAUAAUACCGAAAUGCAUCAGCAAAUUUUAAGAAGGUUUCAUUAUUAAAAGUGAAAGGCUCUUAGUUCCAG